AUGAGUACUACUCCGCCGCUCAGCCAAGGCUUCGGCUAUGGCAUUGUCAUUGGUCUUGGUUUUGCCUUCUCUUUUGGAAUGAUCUUGACGACAUUCGUUCUCAAGAGAUACAACUAUGAACUUCAAACUUCAGAGAUGUUUUCCACGGCUGGACGUACAGUCAAGUCUGGACUUGUCGCCUCAGCAGUAGUUUCGUCGUGGACUUGGGCAGCAACGCUACUCCAAUCCAGCGCCGUCGCAUAUCGAUAUGGUGUAUCUGGACCGUUCUGGUACGCUUCGGGUGCGACUGUACAGAUCAUCUUGUUUGCUACAAUUGCUAUUGAGCUGAAGCGAAGAGCUCCUAACGCCCAUACCUUUCUUGAGGUUAUUCGCGCUAGAUACGGUACCGUGACACACAUAGUGUUCAUGGUAUUUGGUCUCUUCACCAAUAUUCUCGUCACUUCCAUGCUGUUGACUGGAGGCUCCGCUGUUGUGACAUCGCUCACCGGUAUGCCCACUGCUGCUGCAUGCUUCUUGCUGCCUGUUGGUGUGGUCUUGUACACUAUGUUCGGAGGUAUCAAAGCGACAUUUCUGACGGACUAUGCACACACUGUCGUCAUCUUGGUCAUUCUUUUGAUGUUUGCAUUCACCGCAUACGCCACUAACGAGCACCUCGGAAGUCCUGGCAAAGUCUUCGAUUUAUUGGUUCAAGCCGCUGCGGAUCACCCGGUUGAAGGAAACGCAGGUGGCUCGUAUAUGACUAUGCGCUCAAAAGAGGGAGCUAUCUUCUUCGUGAUCAAUAUUGUAGGCAACUUUGGAACCGUCUUUUGCGACAACGGUUACUAUAACAAGGCCAUUGCCGCUAGUCCUGUAGACGCCCUACCAGGUUACAUCAUCGGCGGUCUCUCCUGGUUCGCAAUUCCGUGGCUCGCGGCUACGACUAUGGGUCUCAGUGCUCUUGCACUGGAGAGUAACCCUGUAUUUCCUGGAUACCCGAACCGCAUGGCCGACGCUGACGUGACUGCUGGGCUCGUGCUGCCUACAGCCGCUGUCGCCUUGAUGGGAUCAGGAGGGGCUGCUGCUGUUUUGCUCCUAGUUUUCAUGGCAGUGACUUCUGCGAUGUCUGCAGAACUCAUCGCUGUUUCAUCCAUCUUUACCUAUGAUUUCUACCAGACAUACAUCAACCCCGCUGCUACUGGAAGACAGCUCAUCUACAUGUCGCAUACCAUGGUUGUUGGCUUCGCUGUCGCGAUGGCAGCAUGGUCAACCGGCUUGUUCUAUAUCGGCAUCUCCAUGGGCUACCUGUAUCUUCUUAUGGGCGUUAUAAUCUCCUCCGCCGUUCUCCCCGCAACCCUAACGCUCAUGUGGUCGAAAAUGAACUGGGCUGCUGCUACAUUCACACCACCACUCGGCUUCGCAUGCUCGUUGAUCGCAUGGCUUGUUACAGCCCAGAAAGAGAGUGGAGAGCUCACAGUUGCUUCAACAGGCGCCAACAACCCCAUGUUGGCAGGAAACGUGGUCGCACUACUCUCGCCACUGAUCUUCGUUCCCAUGCUGACAUACUCGUUUGGACCGCAAAACUAUGAUUGGGUCAGCAUGAAGGCGAUCCGAAAAGGCGAUGACCACGACCUUGCUCUCGCUGCAAACGUUGAUCUAGAGCGCGUUCCAGGCGAACAACGACGCGCCAUUGACGCCGAAGAGGAAGAGCAAGCCAAGCUUCUCAAAGCGUCCCGCAUUGCUCGCUGGUUGACCCUUUUCAUGGCUGUAUCGUUCCUCGUGCUCUGGCCCAUGCCCAUGUACGGCUCAUCAUACAUUUUCAGCAAGAAAUUCUUUACCGGAUGGGUCGUUAUCGGUAUUCUCUGGAUGUUCUGCUCCUGCUUCGCUGUAGGGCUGUAUCCGCUUUGGGAAGGCAGGAAGACCAGUGUACGGACAUUCAAGUCGAUUUACUGGGACAUCACGGGAAAGAAGAAGCCGAAUAAGGCUAUGGAGGUUACUGAGGGCGAAGGCACGGAUACGCCUCCCGAAGCCGUGUCUGAGAAGAUGAAGGGGUAG